AUGGUUGAUCUACCUUACGCCCUGGACGCGGAAACGCCCCUCAAGGCAUCCGAGCUCCAGGUCCUCCGCGCCCAGUAUGAAAAGGAAGGCGACAUGGUCGGCGUCCAAACCAAGUUCAACUACGCAUGGGGCCUCGUAAAAUCAGACUCCCGCAACGACCAACAACUAGGCGUCCGCCUCCUCUCCGAAAUCUUCCGCGUCUCCCCCGAGCGCCGCCGCGAGUGCCUCUUCUACCUCGCCCUCGGCAACUACAAGCUCGGAAACUACGGCGAGGCCCGCCGCUACAACGAUCUCUUGCUGGAAAAGGAACCCGCUAACCUCCAGGCCUCCAACCUGCGCCAGCUCGUCGACGACAAGGUCGCCAAGGAAGGGCUCAUGGGCGUCGCCAUCAUCAGCGGCGUUGCGGUCGCAGCGGGCGUGGUGGGUGCGUUUUUGGUGAGGAAUGUUAAGAGGAGAUAG